UGACUUAUGUCAAAAUCAUGAUCUCCAAGACUCAAGUGACGGCUAAGAGUGUAUAAAUUUAUAACUGUUAUUCGUUGUAUAUUUCGUUGAUAAACUUGUUUCCAUAUAAAAAUGACGGUAAAUAAUACAAUAGCUCACCAAAGAUUAACCUUAACAGGAGAUCGUGAAAGAUUUAAGGAACUUUUAAGACGUCGAUUGAUUGAGUGUGGAUGGAGAGAUCAAGUGAGAAUGCUAUGCCGGGAAAUAGUAAAAGAAAAUGAUGGAAACAAUGUAACAUUUGACACACUCGUGACGCGAGUUACUCCCAGAGCAAGAGCCCUUGUACCAGACACUGUUAAGAAGGAAUUGCUACAGAAAAUUAAAACUCAUCUAUUAACUCAAAAAGAACAAUAGUAUUAGUAUAUAACAUCAAACACUGACAGUUUAUUCUUAUUAUAAAAUCUCAAUUAUUUAUGGACACUGUAAGAGCUUAAAUAAAUAAAUCAUGCAACCAA